AUGUCGGAUUUGCAAUCUGAUGCAUACAGUGCCAUUAAUCCGGGUCGCAAGGUCCCUGCCUUGAUCACGGACACUGGCAUGUGUUUGUUCGAGGCUUCCGUGAUUAUGGGGUAUUUAGAAGAUCGCUUUGGCAAAAGCACAGAGAAAACCAACUCAAUGUUUGUCUUGGAAUCUCCCGACGAACGGGCCUUUGUGAACCUGCUCGUUCGAGUCCACGAUCUCUAUAUUGCCUCUCCCAACUGCAGUCAACCCAACUUUUCUCAUACGCAGGGCUGCAUGUAUCUGGAUCCCACACCCACUCCAUUCACCCCGGCACGGCGGACCAUGGACGCCGCUACAAGAGCCGCCAAAUUGGCAGAACUGUACAAACAAUUGUGUUGGCUAGAAGAACAGGCCAAAUUGCCCUUUCUGGCGGGCCACAAAUGCACACAUGCAGACAUCACAUGGUUCGGCACUUUUUGUUUUAUGGAAUUCAUGUUGCCCAUUUCCUUUGGUUGGUCCGACAACCUCUUUCACGAAACAAAACACUU